UGUUCCACCACCUCAACCACAUCAAAGCAAUCCAAUCCAAUACAAUCUCAAUCUUUUUAUACACUACAUUACUACAAAAACACUUCACGUUAUUUUUUGUUUGUGAAGAAGAAUUAUAACAAUGUCUCAAUAUCAACAAGGUUAUGGUGAUCAAACACGUAGGGUUGAUGAAUAUGGAAACCCAUUGACUAGUCAAGGCCAAGUUGAUCAAUAUGGCAAUCCCAUUAGUGGUGGUGGGAUGACCGGUGCUACUGGUCAUGGUCAUGGACAUCAUCAACAACAUCAUGGAGUUGGAGUUGAUCAAACCACAGGUUUUGGGAGCAACACAGGUACUGGCACAGGAUAUGGAACCCACACUGGUAGUGGAGGGACCCACACAGGUGGUGUAGGUGGUUAUGGAACAACCACUGAAUAUGGAAGUACCAACACUGGAAGUGGUUAUGGAAACACUGACAUUGGUGGAACCGGGUAUGGAACAGGGACAGGAACUGGAACAACCGGCUAUGGAGCUACCGGUGGCGGAACUGGAGUAGGAUAUGGCGGAACUGGACAUGAUAAUAGAGGGGUAAUGGACAAGAUUAAGGAGAAAAUUCCUGGUACUGAUCAAAAUGCUAGUACUUAUGGGACAGGAACAGGAUAUGGAACAACUGGUAUUGGUCAUCAACAACAUGGAGGAGAUAACAGAGGGGUUAUGGACAAGAUUAAGGAGAAAAUUCCUGGUACUGAUCAAAAUCAAUAUACUCAUGGGACAGGGACAGGAACAGGAACAGGAUAUGGAACAACUGGUUAUGGUGCUAGUGGUGUAGGUCAUCAACAACAUGGAGAGAAAGGGGUUAUGGACAAGAUUAAGGAGAAGAUUCCUGGUACUGAACAAAAUACUUAUGGGACAGGCACUGGAACAGGUCAUGGAACAACUGGCUAUGGAAGCACUGGAACAGGUCAUGGAACAACUGGCUAUGGUGAUGAGCAACACCAUGGUGAGAAGAAAGGGAUCAUGGAGAAGAUUAAGGAGAAGCUUCCUGGUACCGGAUCAUGUACUGGACAUGGACAAGGACACUAGACCAUGAUAUAUAUGGAUGUAUGCAUGCAUAUGAUAUGAUAUGAUAUGAUCAAUCAGUAGAAUAAAUGUGUGUGUGUAUUGAUGUAUUUUAAACUUUUGUUUUUGAGUGAGUUGGUUCGUAUGUAACAUAUCUUAUCACCUCAUGUAUCUAUAUAUGAGGUGUAUAAUGAUGGAUACAUAGAUGAAUAAAAUAUGUAUGUUGUAUUAGUGGAGGGGCAUGUGUAAAGUUACUUUGAGUGGUGUAAUAGAAGUUUCUUUCAUUAAAAAGUAAUAAAAGUUAUACAUAUUUGAAGUA